AAGGUAGUUGAGGCCAGUUCAUUGGCUAUAUUUAAGAGGGAGUUAGAUGUGGCCCUUGUGACUAAGGGGAUCAGGGGGUAUGGAGAGAAGGCAGGUACAGGAUACUGAGUUGGAUGAUCAGCCAUGAUCAUGUUAAAUGGCGGUGCAGGCUCGAAGGGCCGAAUGGCCUACUCCUGCACCUAUUUUCUAUGUUUCUAAAUGGAAGGAAACAUCCCCGUAAGGACGUUGUUUCGCGAGGCAAGGACAGGCCAAAGGAAAAAAAGAUGCCGGUCUGAAUUUCUUCUGAACGGCUACUGUGGCUGAGGACCCGUUUGUGUCCUUUGUGAUGCCAGUCAAGUAAAGAUGGCAAGUGGGGGAGCUGUUUUAAUUUUUGUUAAGUUUAAAAUGCCAAUAACCUGUAAAAUAUACCAUCAAUCUGAAUGAAUAAUGAACUUGAUGCACCAUACCUCAGGACAAUGGUGAGUAAGGUGGGCCAAAAAUUGUAGCACUGUCCUGUACCGUUUUGGCGUAAUUUCAGGAUCACACUCUAUCAGAGACAGAUAGAUAAACAGACAGACAUACAGACAGACAAGAUGAGAGUUUUGAUAGAUAGAUAGAUAGGUAGAUAGAUAGAUAGAUAGAUAGAUAGAUAGAGUGGGGGCAACACAUUGGAAGUAUAUGAGUGGUGUUAGAUGGAAUGAGAGUGCAGGAAAUGUUCCAGAAGUCUCCAGAAUUAAUGAGACGUAAAGUAUAAGAAGGGAUAAGGGAGUAAGGAUGGAUAAAAUCAGGACCGGUGUGAGAGGGGAGGUGAAUACCAAAUUAAAGGUGUUGUAUUUGCAUGCGUGCAGUAAGUGGAAGAGCUUGUGGCACAGUUGGAAAUUGGUAGGUAUGAUGUUGGGGGAAUUACAGAGACGUGGCUGCAAGAGGAUCGGAGCUGGGAGCUGAAUCUUCAAGGUUAAACGUCAUAUCGGAAUGACAGAAAGAUGGGUAGAGGGAGUGUGGUAGCUCUGUUGGUAAGGAGUGACUUUUCUCCAGAGAUGCUGCCUGACCCGCUGAGUUGCUGCAGCGUUUUGUGUCUGUGUCCGUGCUCUAUGACUGUGAAGGAGGUGUUAUUGCCGUGUGUGAGUGGUGUUUGUGGUUCUGUGCAGGGAUGUGCGGUGAGCUGGAGGUGGGGACGCUGGUGCAGGUAGCGGAGGCCCUGGAGAGUGUGCUGUCCCCGUGCUUCGGUCCACAAGGUGGCCAGGUACUGUUCACCAGUGCCACCGGUGAGGUGCUCAUCACCAGGGACGGGGCGACUAUCCUGGACUCACUGAUGCUGGAGCACCCUGUUGCAAGGCUGCUGGUGAGAGCUGCGCUGUCCCACUGCGGGCAGACGGGUGACGGCUGCAAGUCGCUGGUGCUGCUGGUGACGGGGCUACUGCGGGCGGCACUGCCCGGGGGCAGGUGUGGGCGUCUCGGCCUGUGCCGGGGCCUGGCCCGGCUGGAGCGGGAGGUGUUGCCACGACUGCUGGCCGAGCGGCUGGGCCCUCACUGUGUCCGGGCCCCGGGGCCAGGGCUGGGGCUGCUGGAGGUGGCGUCGCGGGUACUGACGGGCGGCUUGGCUGGUAAGAUAAGCCCGGUGCACGUUGCCCUUCUCAGCCACCUGGCCUGUCGCUACCUGUGCCUGGUGUCGGGCGGUGGGGCCGGGGGGUUGCGGCGGGCAGUGCGGAUGUGCUCGGGUGGGUUGGCUGGGCUGGCGCUGGCGGUGGGAGGGCUGCCGGUGCAGGAUAGCCGGGUUGUGGAGGGGCUUCCACUAUCCAGAGGGCUGGCGGUGGGAGGACUGCCGGUGCAGGAUAGCCGGAUUGUGGAGGGGCUUCCACUAUCCAGAGGGCUGGCGGUGGGAGGGCUACCGGUGCAGGAUAGCCGGGUUGUAGAGGGGCUGCCGGUGCAGGAUAGCCGGGUUGUCGGGGGGCUUCCAGUAUCCGUAGGGCUGGCGUGCGGUUCCACACUUGCCCCCAGCCCCGCCACCCUCCCCGGGGCCCGGGCCCGCCUCUCCGCCCACCUGCAUCGCUCCCUGGCCGGCCUGCAGCAGCUGGGGGUCACCCUGCUGCUGUCUGGGCCCCUGCAGCCCGGCCCGGUGCUGGAGGAAGCUGCCGCCCGCGGAUUCUCGCUGGUCCACGGGCUGGGAGACGGGGAGAUGGCGCUGCUCGCCCGCCUGAGCGGGGCCCAGCCCGUCUCCUGCCCCCACCUCGCCAGCCCCCGGCACGUCGUGUCUGUACGCUUCCUCCGCCCGCUGCCCACCGGCCCCGGGCUGCUGCUCGGUCUCCGUCUCCCCGCCCGUCUGCGGCCCCACUGCCUGCUCGUCUGUGCCCCGAUGCCCACCCUCGCCCGACAGCACCUACACGCCAUCGCCAGCACUUACCGCCUGCUCAACAUGUUGCUGCCCUGCCAGGGACCCGACCCUGGAUCCCCGGGCAAGGGGGCUGCGGGGUGGAAGAGCCGGGGACCGGGGAGGGAGAGAGGCGGCCCGGGGCCCCGGGGUGAUGGGGCUGAUGUACGGGCCGCUACGGGAGGGAGAUGGGGCCCCAAUGCAGAGAGCCCGGGCAGCAGACUAGACCCAGCGGGAAGGGCGAGAACCACCGCUGGGGGCCCGGAGUGGAAGGGACGGGGCCCAGACAGGGACACGGAGGGAGAGGGGGGAGGAAGGGAGGGAGCCAGUGCUGGGAUCCCGGGGCAAGCGUGGAGUGAGAGACCCGACCCAGGGGAUGCAGGGACGGGGACAGCCGGCCCAGGGAUCCCGGGACAAGAGGGGGAACAGGGGAGGGAAGGUGGGCAAGCAGGACACUCGGGGAUUGCAGACACCGAGGGCACGAAUGGCCUCAUCACGCAGACCCUGUCGUCCAGUGGCUGCCCGGGACCUGUCAGGCCGGGGGCCAGUGAUGCAGCCGCGGGGCCCGGGCAGUGGGAGCCCCCGGCCGGCAGCCUGCUCCCCGCGGGAGGGACAUUUGAGUUGCUGCUGCACCACUAUCUGGAGCUGGAGUCUCGGCAGCAUCGGUGCCCCGACACCCGGCUAGCCUGCCGGCUGCUGGCCGAGGCCGUGCUCACCAUCCCCCGCCACCUGCACGGAGGCUCCAGUCCCGGCCCCGGCUCCAGCCGCUCCUUCUUGCUGCGGGCCCGGCUACAGGCGGGGAGAGCGGUGCCGGGCGGUCGCUGCCCGCUGGACGUGGUGGCGGCCAAGUGGCUGUUGCUGCUUUCCGCGCUGCAGUGCGGGCGGCGGCUGCUGGCGGUGGACAGAGCCCUGCCCGUCCGCCGGCUCCACCCCCAACAUCGGGCAGCAGCCCACACCCACACCCCGGACUGAUCCCAAUCCCAAUCCUGGCCCCAACACCGGGCAGCGGCCCACACCCACACCCUGGACAGACCCCAAUCCCAAUCCCGGCCCCAACAACAGCAUCGGGCAGCGG